AUGGGAGAACCCCGUUUGCAAAACCCGGAAAAAAAGGAUUUCGUACCGACAGAUUCUCUCAGUCAGUCCAUGGCCGAUCAGCAUGAGUCCGUCAGCCUCAGUCCUCCCCAGGCGGACCGUGUAACAGCUGCAGGACACAGCUGGUUCCCUGGCCCACCUCCACCCAUGUAUUCCUGCACCUUGACCCCUGAGCUGGUGGCCAAAGCACGGGAAGAGCUCCAGGAGAAGCCCGAAUGGCGCCUACGAGAUGUCCAAGCACUGAGAGACAUGAUUCUUAAGGAACAUCCCAAUCUCAGAACCCGACUGGACGACGCCUACCUCCUGCGCUUCCUGCGGGCCAGGAAGUUCGACUACGACCGCGCUCUGCAGCUGCUGCUCAAUUACCACGCGGGCCGUAAAACCUGGCCGGAGGUCUUCCAGGACCUGAAGCCAUCCACUGUCAAACAUGUCCUGGACCUGGGCUUCCUCACGGUCCUGCCGAGGCCCGAUCCCAACGGCAGAUACAUCCUCUUCCUCCGGCCAGGAAAAUGGAAGCCAAACGACUAUCCGUUUGUGGACAACGUGCGGGCCCUUUAUCUGACUCUGGAGAAGCUGAUCCAGCCCGAGGAAACGCAGGUGAACGGGUUGGUCAUCCUCGCCGACUACACUGGGGUGGGAAUGUCGCAAGCCUCCAAUCCAGGUCCCUUUCUUGCCAAAAAAAUUGUGAGCAUCCUCCAGGAUGGCUUUCCCAUCAGAAUCAAGGCUGUUAACAUAAUUAACGAGCCCCGGAUUUUCAAAGGCAUCUUCGCUAUAAUCAAGCCUUUCCUGAAGGAGAAGAUGGCAGAGAGGUACGUCCUGCACAGCUCGGACCUGCGCUCUCUGCACCGGAACAUCCCGCCGUCGGUUCUGCCAGAGGAAUACGGCGGCACCGCCGGCCGGCUGGACAUGAGCGCCUGGUCGAGGCUGCUGCUGGACUGCGAGGAGGAGUUUGUGGUGGAGUUCUGCCAGCCGGAUCCACUAGAGGGCGUGGUGCUCCCAGACUCCAUGCUGUGUGAAGGGGAGCAGGCAGGAGGGCGGGAGGAAGACGGCUUCAGGGCGUUGCGCUCUCAACUUUAUUACUGCUACUGACGCUCACACAGCCACAGGACUUUUUCUGUUUCAUCUGAAACAUGAACGGAAACUUUUAUAGGGCAAGUUGCCGAUAUUCCACAUGAUUUAUUUUACGAAUUAAACAGCACUACACUAUUUAAAAUUUGCUAAAUUUUAGAAGAAGUCCAGCAUUCAGGCAUCCAAGGCAGCUCAUUCGGUGUGUUCACUCGUCAUUUUAUCAUCUUCACUGAUAGUUGUGUGCUUGGAUGGUACUUGUUUAUUUAAUGAUCUCACACAUUACAAAAACAAAAAUCCUACCAAGUAAUUUUGUUCUAGUUUCUAGUGCAAAUACCUCAGUAAACUAACUUAUAAGUAACUUUUCAUCAAACUGGAGGAGCUUGUUUUAAGCUGAUAAUUUGUUAAUAUAGACUAAAAAAUACUUUCCACUGGCAGAUUACUUACCUUAUAACAAAACAUUGUUCCCAUAUUUUCGUGUCCAUUUCUUGGAGGCUUGCUUCCCAAAAUUCCAUAUUUCUUAUCUAAUUAUAUUCAGAUGAUUAGAAAUUCUACAAUUAAUUGAAAUUUCUUUGAAAAGUAUCAAUCAGUUUUUUUCUUGCCAAUUCUGACUUCAGAUUUUCUUUGUCAUUUUGACCGAGUCAGUUUUUUUGUUUUCUGUAAGGACUAUAAACACUAUAAAGACUAGCACAAAUCUUAGUCUUACUUUUAGGAAUCUCUUAAAAUUCCUCUUAAUUGGUGUGUUUAUAAACCAAAAAAGCUUGGAGUUUACAGUUUUGUUGCAUUCAAUCACUAAGAAAAAGUAAAGUAUUUUCUGCUUUUGUUGGUCAAGCAAAAACUGGAAAAUGAAUUUUGUUGUCCUGUCAGUGUUACAUUUCCGUUUAUAACCAUGAAGCUGAAUACGUUUCUUUUUUGUGUGUAGCCAUCAAAAACAUUGCCUUAAAUUGUUUUUAUGUUACACUUGUGUGCACCAAAGCAAUAUGUGUGUUAUCGUCCAGUGUUUGAAAUGAAACAUAAGUGGCUGCUAGUUCAGUUUUAGAGUUUAGUCUUUGGGCUUGGUUCUUUUUCUAAGUUUGAUAAUCUGCCUUAUGUAUAUUUUAGGUUUACUUGUCUUAUUAUGCGAUCUUAAUCCGUUAAAUCACAUGACUAUUGAGAUCUGAUUUGCCAAAUUGUACAUAAAAGUGCAAUAAUAUUGCAUUGUUCAUCUUGCAUCUGCUGAGUGCUUCUGUUCAGUCUUUUAUUUUUUUAUAUUUCCAGCAUGUCUGUGACUGAGCUGUAUUGUAUUGCAGGGUAUUUAUUGUUAACGGUUAAGACAGUAAAGCUAUUAUACAGAAAAUGCUAUUUGUGUCUUGUUUGUGCUGUUGUUGGCAAAUGAUGGGGUAUGCUGCAGCCCCAAGGGAAGCUGUUG